AUGCAAGGCACUUCCAACGUGGCAACUAUAAGGAUUCCAAGACCACCAAACCCGGACAAUGAGACAUGUUACCCCAUCGAAACUUAUCGGAAUGGAGGCAUGCCUUACACACGCUUUGGGGUUCGAAUGAAAGACGCUGAAAACGCUCAAAUCGUUUUCUGUGAUUCAUACUACGAGUUCAAGGCAAUGGGCCGAGAACAAUCGCUCAGUGAAAUGGAAACUCGGGUGCAUUUCUAUACAGUACAGGAUCAGAAACUGAGAGCUCGGGUGUCGUCCUUAACGUACGAUCUGACUCUUCAAGAGGCUAUGGAGGAGACUAUUGGAAUGUUGCUGGGAGGUGGUGAUUGUGCAAUUGACACCAUGUUUUUCCAGGACUGUCCUUCAUUGGAUUUGGAUUCCCUCGGUCAGAUUUUUGUGAAGAACCUCUACAUGGAGAAAUCAUUGCUAAAGCAGGAAUGGAUCACCAAGAUAAAAACAGUUCAGCAUGUGAACAUCCGAAUGUUUGGUACCAAGUUUUCAGACCUUUUCAAUCAUGAUUUGAUUGUCAACGCAGAAUCUAUUGAUUUGCUUUCCGCCCGCACUUUCAAUGACUGCGUUUUGGUUAUCGCAACCAAACUGGACUUCCCACAUCGUUUAACACAACUCAAAGGACAACAGAGACGUGUUUUGGAUUACACCGGAUUGAAUUCACAAGAAAAUUGCCACAACUUCCGCAACAACGCAGAAUCGGAGCAAUUCAAAGAGGAAUGUGCAAGUGUGCUCAUGAAAAUCAAAGGUGCACAGAAAUUCAAAAUUUCACAAGAAGUAGUGAUGUUUUUCUCAAUGAACGGCGGGCACACCCAGUGGUGUGCAACUUUUUCUUCGACUAUGAAUCAUGUGAGAUUGGAGAGAGAUAUCGAUGAGGAGGAGAACUUUAAAAUUUUCACAAGACAGGAAUUUACUCAAGUUGUCGUAAGGUCGAAUGCUACUGAUUUCAUAAGACAAACCGCCAACCGUUUGACGACCCGUCUGGCUUCUCCGUUCCGUAAAAUUGGCAGUUUUUUCAAUAGAGUGGUUGGACGAGUCAAUCGUGACGGCUAUGAACCACUUGCCAACAUGUCCAAAAUUGGACUACCAAAAGAGGAAUUGGCAAUCAAUGAAGAAAACUUGUCAAUUUCUAGACAACCAACAAAACAAACCGGUGAAAUAUCGCAAAAGAAAGUAAUUGCCAUUGCACUACUCAAAAUGCUAGUUGCUACCAACUCUGCUACAAUAGUUUAUAACAACUAUCAUUGGAACUUUACCGUACUAAACGAAUAUAACGGAACCAUCCAUACAAAAGUCUCAUUCAAUGAUUAUUCAAGUUUUUUGGGUUACUCUCAUACUAAUGCACCCGAAGGUGCCCUUUCAUUAAAACUGCAGGGACUCGGUAACUUCACAGUGAAGACACUCGUUAUCAGAUAUUAUCUCCCAGAUCUGAUAUGGAUGGAGAAACUAAAAAUAAAGAGAGUGCAUAUAUCAAGUCUGAAUGUAAAUUUUAAAAGAAUUCUAAAUCUUGAAUCCUGCGUCACCAUCGGAUGUUAUUCAGUCUACAGUCCCAGUUUUGAAGAAAAACAGAAGAGCUGCGAAGAAAGUGCGGCCAAAAACGACCGAAAGAAGAUGGUGCCUGGUACGGCAUACUCAACAAUGCCUAGUCGAUAUUCAAACUUGGCGAGAAUGCUAGACAUGUCCAGCUCGGAAGAGUCAAUCGACAACAUGGGACUACACGCAACUACAGUCAAUCGUUUCGGCUUUCUAGCUCACAGUGAUACACGUGUUGAAAUGGUUUGUGACAGGAUGUGUUAUGAACUUACUGUUGCCAAGAAAGGAGAUGUGUUCGAUUACCUUGCGACUGAUAUUCGUGUUACUACUCUGCCGGAGACCGAUGAUGAGGAAGCAGAUGUUUUCAUUCAAUACUACCCUCUAAAACUAGCAGUGAGGUAUAUGAUGGAAAGAUUGUUGGGAACAGAAAAUUGUACUGUCAAGGACAUGUACAUACAUGGACCCCACAACUUUAACGACUUUGGUGACCUCCGUAAAAUUGUCGCAACAAAUCUUUAUCUAGAAGAGCCAAUAGUUGAUAUGGGCUGGAUCGGGAAACUUCACGCGGCCCACAAUAUUUAUAUCAAAACACUGGAUCCUGUAUGCUAUCCAAUGUUCAAACUGCCUGUCUUUAUGAACUCACUAUCCAUCUCAAUACAUCCUGAAGCUUUUGGCUGUUUUUUGCACGUCAGAACUAAAAGGAUCGCUCUGAAAGGAGACCCAAGUGCAGAACUUAUAAGACAAUUCUGUCAGAAAUGGCAAGAAGAGAAAGAAGAAAGACGCCGAGACGUUUUCUUGUUUAGCUCCCCCAAAUUUAAAGAGGAUCAAAAAAUCUGGGAAGAGGAGUUCUUGAAAAUCGAGGGCACAAUCAUAAGGGAAACAAAAAUUUGCGUUACAGUUAUCAUUCCAUUAGAUGAAACCUACCAGUUGCGUGUUGAUAUGACAAAAUGGACAAGCUGCGUGAAAGUGGAAAGAAUUCCUCGCGAACCGGAUUAUACCUGGUUUUAUAAUCUUUUGCACAUCCCUAUGACAAUAGGCGUUGCAGUGCUUGGACGUCUCAUUCAUGAAAUUACCAAAACCGGAUCAUUGGAGAUAUGCUCUCAGCUUGAUGAAAAUUUCCAAUGA